AUGCCAUUUGGGUGCCUUGCCCUGCGAGAUGGGCGGACUUAUGAUAGCAUGUCUGAUGUCACGGACAAAUAUGAGAUUGGACAGGUCCUCCGAGCGAAGGAGUUCUGCGAGCUGUGCCUGGCCAAGGACAGACAGACAGACAAGGUGUUUGUCUGCAAGAAAUUCCUCAAGAAAGACGGCAGGAAAGUCCGCAAGGCUGCCAAGAACGAAAUCAUGAUCCUGAAAUUGGUCAACCACCCAAACAUCCUUCAGCUGAUAGACACAUUCGAGACCCGGAAAGAAUACUUCAUCAUCCAGGAACUUGCCACAGGAGGAGAUGUAUUCGACUGGAUUCUGGACCAAGGGAAUUACACAGAAAGAGACGCCUCCAAUGUCAUCAGACAAGUCCUUGAGGCUGUGGCGUACUUACACUCCCUCAAUAUAGUUCACAGGAACCUGAAGCUGGAAAACCUGAUGUACUACACAGAAAACAACCACAACAAAGUAGUUCUGCGAGAUUUCUACCUGUCCAGGUUUGAGAACGGGCCCAUCACAGAACCUUGUGGAACACCAGAAUACCUGGCUCCUGAAGUGGUUGCUCGUCACCGAUAUGGUCGUCCUGUGGACUGCUGGGCUGUGGGUGUCAUUAUGUUCAUACUCCUAUCAGGGAACCCUCCUUUUUAUGAUGAGACAGAGGAGGAGAACACAGAUCUACAUAAUCGCAUCAUCUUCUGUCGCAUUGUUGCUGGUGACUUUGAGUUUGAUUCUCCAUACUGGGAUGACAUUUCACCUGCAGCUAAGGAGCUUGUCUGUAGACUCAUGGAAGUGGACCAGAUGCUGAGAAUCACUGCACAGGAUGCACUUUGGCACGAAUGGAUUGCAGGAAAUGGUGCAUCAGAGAAGAACCUUAAGGAUGGUGUGUGCGCCCAGUUUGAGAAGAACUUUGCAAAGGCCAAAUGGCGGAAAGCGAUCCGUGUCACCACCUUCAUGCAACGCUUGAAGAACUCAGAGGCACUGAUUGACAGUUCAGCCGAGGUUCAGGCCAGUGAAGAGACAGGAGAUUGUGAAGGAGGUGUGUCUCAGGGGACAAGUGAUGAGGGAGACAAAGGGACGAGUGAUGGAGGGGUGACAUCAAGUAGUGUGUCUUUAGAGGUGACUGUUGAAAAUGCACCACCAGGUGUGGAUCAGGAUGAGGGAAGGGGUAAGGUCGGAGAAAAACAGGAUGAGGUAAAGAUGAGCAUAGGCCCAUCUGUCGGAACUUCCCCAUCAGAUAUUCAGGAGUCCCUAUGUCAGCAAAGCCCCAGAGUCACACAGGAGCAGCCUGAUAAGGUUGGUGCAAAGAAAGCAACAGGGGAUGGAACCAGGAAAAUGGCUGCCAAUUUGGGUCAAAAUAAAGUUGUUCCAGAAUGCAAACCCUCUCCCGUGAUGACGGCCGACCCAUCCAAGCUGUCAGAUGGUUCUUCAGGCACUAACGCUGACAAAAAACGCACAUCCACCUCCCCUGAUCCCAGUAGCAAACGUAAGAUGGCUGCAACGCUCCAUGGGCCUCCAACCACAGGCUCUGCUGGUGCAACAGCCUCACCAGAGAAGAGGCCAGCGAUGCAGAGGGACCAGAAGGAUGAGACUGAUGGAAGCUGGUGUCAGACACAAGUACCCGAGGCAGUGGCAGAGAGGUCAGUUGCAGCAUCAGUCUCUCCAGCAAUGGGGCCUGGAGCUGGGGUGGACAUAGGACUAGGAGUUAGGUUAAGAGGUGAUGCUAGCCCCAUGGGUAGCAGGGAUAGAGAUGCCAGGAGAACUGACAGACACAGUGCUGAGUUUAGCAUAGCAAGGGCAGGUCCUGCAACGGGACAGGGUUGUUAUGCAGUUGGCAGCUCUGCUAGUUUGGGCCGUCAUGCCACACCAUACAACCCAGAUAUUGGGACUGUAGGGAUGGGGAUAGCAGGGACCUAUGGGAGUCCAUACAGCUCCCUGUAUACAACUGGAGCGGUGGGGAUGUACGGGACUGGGCUACAGCACGGAGGAGGUGGAAGCACUACGAGCGACUGGCAAAUGGACAGUGUGAUCGAGCAGAUAGAAAAGCAAAUGGCCGCUGUGCUGGAGAAGAUAGAGGGAGACAUGCCCUCACUCCUAGAGCAAAUCAGUGACUGCCCCGCUGAACCGCCGCGUGCCCGGAGCACACACGCCUCACCUGCCACCUCCCGCGCACGCUCCUCUCAACACCCCUCAACUACGACCUCGGCCACUCCUCCACCUCUUCCAACCUCUCCCAGGCCUGCGCUACCAUCUCUCCCUCGCCUUACUAUCCCUCCUCCCUCCUAUCCCCCACCCUCCCCACCCACGCAGUCCUCACCCCAGGCUGUGGGAGAGCAGGAAGACAGGGAUGGACAGAGGGAUGCUGCUCGUUCCAGCCAGUCCCCCAGAGCUGGGAUGGGCAGGGGGCUAUGA